AUGAUGAGUUUUCAAUAUCGCGCUCAACAACCGUAUCGUCGAUACAACCAAAUAUUAACUGACUGUUUGGAUCCCGGUGCUGAGGCCUGUUCCGUUCUAUGCGGAAUUCUCGAUUUUCUAGUCGAGCCGAUAAUUGUACUAGUUCGGUUAAACUGUGGUAUCAUCAACUCGUGCGUGUCCGAGGUCGAUGUGCCUGUGCGGUUUAUCUUUGUUUACCUCGGUCCUCCUCGACCGGAAAUGAACUAUCCAAAAUUGGCUCGUGUGUUUGCUGUAAUGAUGAGCAAUCCGACUUUUCGCUCUUGCGUGUAUGAUGCAACAAACGUUGGUGAUUUGUUGAAAGCUACCGACCUCUUUAUGACGGAAUCACUGGUCAUGCCCAUUACCCGCUACACGCAUCCGGACGCGUUAGCAGGUAUGGUGCGGCAGAUUGAAGCGUACAAACGAGAGCUAGCACCGGACAGUGAGGGUGACAGGAGAAUGCGCAGUGCUAUGACCUCAAAAAAGCAGAGUCAAGUGGAACUAGGCACCAUUGGAUCGGGGAGUAGAAAGCUAUCGGCACUAAACUUGGCACUUAAGGAUGGUGCAUUACAUGACGCUGUAGUUCAGCGUCUCUCCCUUGCCACCAUCGAGCCGUUAAGUUGUCGCAGGCGAUUUGUUCAGGACUUCUGCCCACCGUUUGUGGAUGUGGCUCGCGGUUUACGACCAUGGGUUCAAAGAAUGCCCAGUGACUAUCGGGACGCAUUUCGGAAGGAUAAUGUGGGCAUUGUGUUUUGCAGCGUAUUGUUUCUCUAUUUUGUCAAUUUGGCUCCUUGCAUCACAUUUGCGGCCUUACUCAAUACACAAGUCAGUUCCAAGUAUACAGUCAGUUUGACUGUAUUCUCGACUGGUGCCUACUUGAUAAUAUUCAACCUGCUGGCAGGUCAACCUCUGGGAUUUGUUGGGAUCACCGGGCCGACAUUUAUUUUGGAAUCAACAUUAGCCUCGUUAGCUGAAGGGGCUGGACUGGAUCCGUCCAUAUUACGGUUUUGGACAGCAAUGUAUUGUGCAUUAUUCGGGGUCAUAUUCGUUGCUGGAAAUCUAACCGUCAUGGCAAACCAUAUUCGUCGCUCAUUGGAGGAAAUUUUCAACAGCUUUAUCGCUUUUUUCUUUUUACUGAAAGCGUUGUUCACCAUGUUCAAGCUGAUUCCCGGUGCACCAGUGAACAAUUCACCCGAAGGCCUAUUGAAAUUCUCAAACCAGCUAGCAAUUGCAGGUGCGACCCUGUUUCUAGCAUUCAUCAAGUUACAAUUCUGCUUAUUCUUGGCCCGAAUUAAACGUGGGAAUUAUUUCCGGAGAAUCAUUCGCAAGCUGCUUGGUGCUUUGAACGUGCCCCUCGGUAUGCUUCUUAUCACUGCAUUGGAACGAAUAUUCUUCCGCAAUUUCAAACUUCCAACCGUAAACAUCCCGCCGUCAAACAAAAUAGAUGCAUCACGAUGGUUUAAUAUUCCAGACCUCAGCAAGAUAACGGAUUAUGGGAAUGCCUCUCCAGGUCUUAUACAUGGUGUGGCUGUGGCCAUCGGAUUGACCUUGGCGAUCAUUAUAUUUACCGAAGUCGCCCUAAAUGGGAUCACAGCCAUGAAGAACAAAGCGGUUAAGUCCAAUGUGUUUGCCAUCGAUUUAGUCAUCAUGCAGAUCUGCUUCCCACUGAUCUCGGGUUUCACCGGUUGGCCGUUUGUGUCCGGAGCCACAGUUCGAACAAUGAGUAACCUAGUUGCUUUGGUCAAAAUGGAUCAUGAACCAGCUCCGGGUAUGCCCCAUCGCGUCAUUGGUACGGUGGAACAGAGGGUUAGUGGAAUUUUGGUCGGGACUUUAGUCGCUGCAUCCGUUUUCCUCGGCUCUAUACUGGGGUACAUCCCUUUGGCAGCCUUAUACGGAAUGUUUCUGUACAUGGGUGUUAUGGGACUGCGAGAUUUGCAAUUCUUCCAACGAUUCCUCGCGUUACUGAAACGGAGAAAGCAUUGGGAAGAUUGGGAGUGUGUUCGUGGAUUGCCUAGCCAGCACAUUUUGGUAUUUGCAUCUAUCCAAGCCCUGGUCAUUGCCAUUCUUGUUGCUCUGAAUGUGGUAUCGGAAUUCACCACGGCCUCUUAUGCAGGCAUCAUCUUCCCACUGAUAAUUCUGAUUUACGGUAUCCUACGCGAGUUGGCUUUGCCUAAGUGGACAUGGUUGGCACUCUACUUGCAUCAGCUUGACCGAAAGUAUAAACUAAAUCCACCAGCUCCCAAAGCCCCGGGAACUGCUUCUCGCAGUAUGUCUGUGGUCAAAAAGGACAGUGUGACCAGCUUCGGUUCCGCAAUAGCCGGUAAAGACGACGCGGAUACGGACUUCGACGGUGAGACGGAUUCGACUGCCGAGUACGAUUUACACCGCGAAGGCAUAAUCCGGCAAACAUGGGCAACAUAA